CACUUUCAUCGACAUCAGCUGCGAAGUCUGUUUUUGUUUGGCGCAGUUUUAUAUAUAUUUUUUACAUUGGAAAGACUUUGGAAAAAGAAAUCAUGAAAACUGUUUUGUCCGUGGUCGCUUUCUGCGUCAUCCUGGGGUUCAUAAACGCAAAAGAAUCUCCCCCCAAGGUGCAGGUGUACAGCCGUAACCCAGGGGAUUAUGGGAAGGACAACACCCUGAUCUGUCACGUGAGUGGCUUCCACCCCCCUGACAUCAGCAUCCAGCUCCUGCAGAACGGCGAGGAGAUCCCCGACGCCAAGCAGACAGACCUGGCCUUCGAACAGGGCUGGCAGUUCCACCUCACCAAGAGUGUUGCCUUCACACCAGCCAGCGGAGAGGAGUACUCCUGCAGAGUCCGCCACCUGAAGAAUCUGAAGACCUACACCUGGGAACCAGAUAUGUGAGGCUUCGGUGCUCAUCCCUGCAGAAUCCACCAGCCUCCGAGAAUCUCCACUCCAGAUGCUGUCUAUAUUCCUGGGAAUCUUCACAACACUGUCCUAUCAAAACUCAUCUUCACAUCACUGUCCUAUCAAAACUCCUCUUCACAUCACUGUCCUAUCAAAAUUCUGCAGGUGAAAUCUGUGAUGACUCCGUCUCUGCACAUUGCGACUUGUCAUUGAUAUUGAACAUAAAUUGUAUUUUAUUUGAA